CGUUCUUUUUCGUUAGCCUAAUACAUCGGCAACACGUGUUUUUGUUUUCACAGAGCUAUUUAAGAAUUCUGCAAAAUUAAAAUUUUCAAAAUUUGAAUAAAUGGGGAAAUUUCGUUCAAAACUGAAACGCCACACAAAGGGCAAAACAUGGAGCAAAGGACAAUCGUCCACUUCAAAUCCUGAACAAAUGAAGCACCGUUUAAAAGCCAAAUCGCGUUUUUUCCAGCCAAACUUGAGCUUAGCACCACCUGAGGAAACUUCCAAUCCAAACGCACUCACUUUGAAUGCGGUGCUGAAGCAUGAUCAGCGUCUGGCUUAUAAUGCCGAGACGACUACAGUCAACGAUGUGGCCGGCAGCCUGAAGUCAUUUAGUCUGCGCGACGAUGGACUGGAAGAUGAAAGCAUGUCGGAAUCGCAACAAGGCACUUUUAAAACCUUCAAAACAUUUGCUUCCAACUAUAGUGCCUGCAGCAAUAUGAGUUUUAAAAAACUGCUAGUUGGUUUUCGUGCUUCAUCCGAGUUGCAUAAAGAAAUGUUAGCUAUUUUAACGGCGCUAACGGAAAUUAUACGCGAACGCGGCGGCACCGAGUCAUCCACUGAGUAUUUCAUACUGCUCAUGGAGCAAAUUGAGGCCAGCACGGAAGACAAUGAUAUCAUUGCUGGGAUUUCGUUGCUGUCUAUGGGCAUCAAAUCGGUGCCAGAUGCGGUGUUGCGCAAACGUUUUGGCGAGACCGCACAAACGUUUUUAGCGUGCUUGCAACGCUUUAUGGAGUCUAAUAAUCAGAAUAUUGUCAAAUAUAUAAUUGGCUGCUUGUCCGUGUUGCUUUGCGCGCAAGACUACAUGACGUGGACUUAUUCUUCGAAUUGGCAAUAUAUUGACGCUAUACUCUCAUUUACUAUAUAUUCGAAGCCUAAGGUACGAAAAGCAGCUCAACAUGCCAUUGUGUCCAUCGUACAUGGCAGCUCAUUCAUGCGUCCUGCCAAAGAUGAAGAAGAAGAAGGAGAGGACAAUACUACUGUGGAGCAGCCAAAAGUGACAAGCCACCCAGCCAGCAGUCGUAUAACAAAAUUCUGUUUGAACCAAUUUAAACCCGAGGUGUUGACCAACUCACAAACAACGGUACUGCAUACGCUAACACUGCUCAAAGACAUUUUGAGUGGACUUAAAACGGAAGACAUUCGCUCGAUUUGCGAAAAUUUACUUUCUAUUAUGACCGCUGCUAACGUGCUCAUACGCACCACUUGCUUCCAAACUCUGCACGCGCUUUUUGCCUCACGCACGACCAAUUUGAAUGGGCCAUUAUGCGCUAAGUUGCUGGCUGCCAUACAUGAGUAUCGCCCCGAUCGCGCUGAUGUGCGUCAAACAAUAGCUUGGAUUACGGUGCUAAAAGAGGGGCACAUUCAUCUUGCCUCGUUGGAUUUGAAUUUAUGUAUGAAUGCGUUACCGCGUUUUUUCGAAAUCUGCGCCACUGAUUUGUGGAUGUCCGAACGCGCGGAAAUCAUUAAUAGCGUGUCGAACUGCAUUAAGGAGUUGUUAUACGAAUGUGUCAAGUCGGCUUGCGAGUCACCAGAAAAGGCUGAAGUUUAUCGCAUACCAAUCAUACGAAUCAUCGCUUCGCUUGAGAAGGUGCUAAGCGCGCCCUUCGGUGAAAUGGCCAAACAUGUUAUACUCAUAUUCACAAUUGUUUUUGAAGUUUGUGGCAAGUAUUUUAGCAAAGAACUCGCACCCUCACUACUCACGCUAUCGAAGCGCUACGACACACAAAGCGCUUUGCGUGUACAAAUAGAGCACUCCAUAAUAGCGGCGAUACAAUCCAUGGGCCUGGAGAAUGCUUUGAAAACGAUUCCACUAACAAAUAGCAAGGGUGAGGUUUUGCUAGAACGUUCAUGGCUCUUACCGCUGAUGCGAGAGGGCACCAAAGGCGCUUCUUUCAAGUUCUUCAAGGAGUUUGUUUUGCCCUUGGCUUUGGACUGUAACAACAAAUGGCAUAAGUAUGCUCAAGAAAAGCAACAGUCGCUGUCACAUACCUUCGAGUUGUUGUGUUGCCAACUGUGGGGUCUUUUCCCAGGUUUCUGCCGAGAGCCAGUAGAUCCAGAAAACCUACGCUUAAUUGCGCCUACUCUAGGCAAUGCCUUGGAUAAUAAUCCAGAGUUCCGUGCACCAAUUUUCGAUGGUUUGACUGAGUUGAUUUUGAAUGAGGAGAGUGCGGAAAUCAAAGAAGUCUUGGCAAAGUACUCCAAAAAUUUCCUACCCCGUUUAUUCAAUAUAUACGCGCAAAAGCCCAAUGGCACAUACGAGGCGGAUUUGCGCAAAAAAGGAUUGGAUGUGAUAAAGUUGUACCUGACAAGAACACCUGAAGAUGUGCUGAAGGAGCUUUUCGAGACUGCAAAAACACAGCUGUCCAGCACGACUGUUGGCACAUUUGAGUACGACGCUAUUUUUGAUAUCAACGCUGUGCUGCUAAUCUUCCAAACUUGCGAAGUUAUACGCGUUUUCUUCGAAGCCUUUAUUGUGCCCGUUUUGAAGAACGAGAAGUCUAAGCUGGUGGCUAAAGAUGAACAGAAACUGAAAAAGCAGCAACGUCGGACAUAUGAGCUUCUUCGUGAUAUACUCACAUCAGACGCGGCUUCUUGUCAGAAAUUCGCUCGUAAGAAUAGCAUUGCCUUGCAGAAAUUGAUUUUAGAUGCAUUUGCCACGAGUUGUGCCGUCUGCCAGGCAGCGCGUUUGAGAUGCCUGAAAAUUCUUAUUGAAAGCCGCAAAUCGCUAACUGUGAAUGACAAAAUCGUUAUGAAAACGAUACCAGAAGCUGUGAUCUCUUAUAAGGAAUUCUCAACGCGCAAAGAAAAUGUGUCGGAAGAACUUAUAAUAUUUUUGGCCAAUCUAUACCAGGAAGCCGGUAAACUGAAUGACUUUGUCGAUAUACUAACAGCCGGUUUUGCCGGUGACGACUCGCUAAUCACAAACACAAUACUGGCCUUCCGUACGGUUGUGCAGCAGCAGGGCAAAAACUUAACCAUUACCACACUUGAAUUCAUAAUGGAACAAAUUCUGGUAUUUCUGGUGCAGAAAGCACGCACACAAGCCGAGGCUGCGGUGGCGUUUCUGAUCACAUUUAUAAAAGUGAUGCCCUCACCUUUGGUAGCCAAUCAUUUGCAAACAAUUAUGAAAUCCAUGUCCGCCAUGUCCAAAGACACCAAACGUUAUUGUCGCAUACAAAUCGGCUAUUUGUUGAAGAAACUCUGCAAGCGUUUCACUGCCGAGGAACUAAUCAAAUUUGUGCCCGGCGAUGAUGAAGUAACACAUCGGCGUCUGAAGAAAAUACGAAAGCAAAUACGUCGUGAAAAUAGAAAGCAAUUAAACGAAAAGGACAAGAACGACGAAGAUGACUCAGAAGAUGACUUCGUUGCCGGGCUGGAAAAGAAAAGCGUAACUAUUGACGACAUAUUGGCUGAUUCGGAUUCUGAUUUGCCGGAAGAUAUGGAUACAAACGACGGUGUGCCUAAUAAAGCUGAGAAAAAGAAACAAAAACGAGGCGGCUCUACGUUCAUACGUGAAGAUCCGGAGGAUAUUGUUGAUUUGGCUGAUAUCAAAUCGAUUGGAAAUGUGCUAACAAAUCGGCCAGAUGAGUCUACAAACGUUGCCGGAGGCACAAAAACUAAGAAUAAGGAUCCAAAUCGUGGUUUUAAAACUGCAGAAGAUGGAAGACUGAUUAUAAGUGAUAAGGCACUGCGCGGUGCUGGCGGCGGCGGCGACGAUGAAAGCAGCAGCAGCGAUAGCGAUGAUGCUGACGACGAAGCUGUUGAAAAGAAAAGAGCGCCUAAACGCGGCAUGGAAGUUGACUCCAGUGAUGAUGAAGAGGAACUACCGGCAACCAGCCGCAAACGUAAGGCUCAAGAUGCAAUUAGCAUGCGUUCGGGUAAAAGUACAGCCUCAAAAUAUGUAGCCGGUGGCAAAGGUAUUCAUCGGCCCUUAGGCGCUGCGAGUGACGCGUUAUCCAUGAAAUCGGGCUACUCGGCGAAGUCGGCGAAAUCUGGCAAAUCUGCAGCAGCAUCUGCCUUUGCCGGUAGCGAGUAUACAACGAAGAAAGCUAAGGGAGAUAUGAAGAAGAAAGGCAAGCUCGAUCCUUUCGCAUACAUACCACUCAGUCGAAAUACGCUAAACAAAAGAAAACGAGCAAAACAUGCAGGCACAUUUAAGAACAUUGUAAAUGGCGCACGCAAAGGUGCUCUGAAAGGUGUUAAACAAAGAGUCGCUAAGCCUUACAAACAAUAAAACAAUAAAUCUAAUGCGAUAAACUUCAACUCUGUAAAUGUAUAUAAAAAAAAAUUAUCGUGCAGUUAAAAACAAUUGCGCUAAAUGUUACAAAUCAGACAGUGGCAAACAAUAAAACUAAAAAUCUCUAUUUAAAUUA